UUACCUUCCUGGAGCUUGCGCAGUUUAUAUUUUUCUGAGGCAAGACCCAUGAGGUGGAUAUGCCACAGGUAAACCUGUUAGAGUCUAUCAUGUCUUUAUUGAAAGUAGAUUUGCAGCGGGCUAGAGCGAGAAGGGGAGAAACGAACGGAGAUGUGCGUGUAAGAAAGACGCGAAACGUUAAACAGUAAAUAGCUUCUUUACUGCUCGUCGACGGCACGAGUUCUUUAACGGCGAUCUUAAUUCGUACGACUAACAAUCAACGGCGCGUACAAUGCUGACAGGUGUGAUCGACGGUACUCAGUUGUGUUGCGAGGACAACAACUUUACUAUCGGACGCAUACCUAUUGAAGAUGACGUUGCUCGAAACCAGGAAUCCUUGAUAUGGACUUGUUACGGUGUCAUAGUCCCCAUCAUCUUAACCGUCGGCGUUUUCGGCAAUGCGGCAAUCCUUGUCGUGCUGUCCGACCCGAUGUUUCGCGGUAUCGCAUACUUGUAUCUCAGCGGACUCGCGCUGGCGCACAUCGGCGUGGUCCUGUCUUGGAUAACAAUCACGCUGAGAUUGGGCUACGGCAUGAGCAAUAAUUACCCAUCAGCUUUCUACCAUGCUCAUCUUGAACUCGUUAUUUUAAACGGCUUCUCGGCCGCCAGUGUUUUUAUCAUGGUCUGCUUAAUUGUGGAUCGAUAUAUUUUUGUAUUCUUCCCGGCGCGCAUUCGCACCGGAAAUGCGCGCAAGAACAUCAAUUCCUUCAUACUGUCUUCUUUCAUUGCUGGUUUCAUGAUCAGUAGUCCGCUAUCGGUUAUGAGAAUCGUUUAUACGGAGCAAGAUGAGUCCGGCACUUCUUUUACAUUACGCGAAAAUGUGGUCGUUACGCAAAAUGUUAUAUGGAGAGCGUAUAUUUGGAUUAUACAGAUCGUAGUGCGAAUUUGCCCGUCGAUCGUAUUUAUUGUACUGAAUAGUCUGGUCAUUAAGCGAUUUCUACAACUGAAUGUGCAAAGCCGACAAUUCCACACCGUUGCAGACAAGUUUCGGACCAACAACACGCCCGACACAUCGUUGCUGUCUCGCAAUCGAGGAUACAAAGAGGAGCAACACUUGGCGAUAUUGACGACAACAAUGAUUCUGUGCUUUUUCAUAACAGCAGUUCCGCCAAGUCUCACGCCGAUACUGUAUACCGAUCGUCAUCCGUCGGAUCUCGGUUACCAAACGUUCCGAGUGUAUUCGGCGAUCGUCGAGCUCAGCAAUUAUGCCAUUUAUAUUCUCAUAUAUCUUGCCUGCAGUACAGAAUUUCGAAGCAAGUUUCUGCGAAUUCUACAAGGAAAGUGUAAUGAAAAUACGGGGCAGGACGUUGAUCAGCCGAUAGGCGAGAUCGAGGAUUACAGCCGGCACGGUACUACUGUUCGACUGACACCGGAACAUACCAAAUUGAACUCCCCCGAGUCGCCGACCAAGGAAACUAGGCUGGAGGAAGAAAAUGCGCAACCGUCAGAAGCCACUGCUUUUAUGUUAGAACGCCGUGUGAUUGUAUAAUUGUAAAUUGUAUUUAUACGUUGCGCAUCGGGUGCAAUCGAUCAUUUGUAUUUAUUCUAUAUAUACAUACGCAUUGUAUUUGUAUUUAUUAUAGUAUUGUACAUUUUUGACGCGUAUGUAAUGAAACUCUAUGUAUCAUUAAUGGCUUCGAAUUAAUGUACGAGAUUGUUUUAUGUAUUACAAUUCUGUACUAUAUCGAUGGUUUUGAUUAAAUAUCUCAAAUGAUGAAUCUUAAUCUUA